UUUGCGCAAAGCCUUUCGACGCGCCACUGACGACUAAAAAGGUAUCAUCUCUCGGGCACUUAAUUUUGGACAUGAGACCUUGUUUCACAUAUACGAGCAAGCUGGAUUACUCUACAGCUGUCAAGAGUCUGCAUCCUACCGAAGUGUUUGCGCAGAAUGAAUAAUUUCGGUAUUUGCCAAAUGCAGAACCUGAAAAGUUUUCAGCACAAUCUCGUAGCGCCUCUUCUCCUACUGGGUACCGAGAGUCGCAACAAUAAUACACGGCAAACUUUCAGCCAGGCUGUACUGCUCCAAGUGAUGCAAUCGGCGAUCUUCUACAAAUACCUUCUGGCAUUGGAGUUUCUUCGACGCUUCUGGAAUACAGACUCGGUCGUUACGCCCGCCUGGCUCUCAUUUGCUCGAGAAGAAUAUCCAAAGGGCCUGGACUUCGUAGCCAUGCGAAAUGACACGGGAACCCUGAAGCAAAACUGCGUGGCUUUGAGGUUGACGGAAGCCGCCGCAAGUCAACAGGCUUCUGUGAAGCAUAAUCUAUGUAGAGCCCUCCUUAUACGCUUGGAGCAUCCCACGCUAUAUGUGUCUACGAGUGGAACUUGCACGGAAGUCAACACUGAAUCGAGUCCGACACCCGAGUCGCAAUCUACGCAUAGCAGGGCGUACACUUGACUCCAAAUACACUCGUUUGAUCACCAGAUAUCAAGAGAAAGUUGCUUCCCUACACAACGUGACACACAGGUCAUCAAUGUAUCGUUCAUCCGUUUCUCAUCCUCUGUCAAAACUGAAUCACGAUGAUCAGGCACACCACUCAAAACCUUUACCUCACAUGUACCACAUACCCCCUUGGUACACGUGGAUAGAAUACCUGCUCCAUUCUCAUUGAGUACCUCUAACAGGGUUCGCUCUUUAGGAACCACGAGCGUUCGACCACUGCGAGCUAGGGUGACCAUGAAUUCAGCAUUCUCUGCUGUAUCCAGGUUGUUAGGAUUUCCAAAUCUUUCUGUCCUGAGAACAUUCUUGGGGAGCGAAGAGCAUAUUUCUUCAACAUCAGAAAUCAGACUUUCUGGGCCGCAGCAAUACACCAAAGAGCCCUCGGCAACGC